UAAAAAUUCAGGCACCGAAUGAUUGUUUUAAAAUAUCAAAUAUGAAUAUGAAUAGAACUUGAAGCUAUCAUUUUACAAUGAUGUUUUAAAUUUCGCAUAUAGUCAAAGACUCGUCCCCACAAACGAAAACCACGUGCUAAAUUACUAAACAAAAAUUGGAUUGCGAUCAGCUGAUCGCUGGCGCGUUACGUUUAUCGCAGAUCAAGUUAGGUUAUCACUCGCCGCGAUCUUAUUUACGCAAUAUAUUACAUCAAAUAUACAUUCUACUUUAUCUGACAAUCAGUGUACAAUUACUGAAUUACGUAUUAUAAUUGUGUAAGCAAUUUCAAAAUAUUCCCUUUCGAAGAAAGUGAUAUGGCGAAGUCUUUGAGCGCAAAAAUCGGUCCCUCGAUUUUGAACGCUGACUUGGCACAACUUUAUGAAGAAUCACAAAAAUUACUCGACAAUGGCGCAGAUUAUUUACACUUGGACGUGAUGGAUGGUCAUUUCGUUCCUAAUCUCUCAUUCGGUCAUCCGAUUGUAAAGUGUCUUCGUGGUAAAAUAAAAGAUGCCUUCUUCGAGACACAUAUGAUGGUGUCUAAUCCGGAGCAAUGGAUUGAGCCCAUGGCUGAUGCUAGUGUGGAUCAAUAUACAUUCCAUGUCGAACCAGUAAAAGAUGUUCCUUUAAUCUGUAGGAAAAUAAAGGAAGUAGGAAUGAAGGUUGGUGUGGCACUUAAACCAGGAACACCUGCAGAUGCGAUAAUAGAUUAUGUCGAUCUAGCUGAUGUGGUCUUAAUAAUGACUGUGGAACCUGGCUUCGGUGGGCAGAAAUUUAUGGAACCAAUGUUACAGAAAGUUGCAUGGUUGAGGGAAAAUUAUCCUGGAUUGGACAUUGAGGUAGAUGGUGGAGUUGGACCAAGUACAAUUGAAGCCUGUGCAAAGGCUGGUGCUAAUAUGAUUGUGUCUGGCACAGCUGUCAUAGGUUCUACUGAUCAAGCUAAAGUAAUUACAACUCUUAGAGAUACAGUAAAUUGUUAUUUGAGUCACAGUCAUGCAAAAAAAUAGCUACAAUUGAAAAUAUUAUAAAUAUGGAAAGCAUUUUUGAGAAAACAUUUAACAUUUUUAUAAAAAUAUAUAUGUAUAAAGCUCUAUUCUUGAUAUAAAAACAGUUGUGACAAAAUUCAAUAUAAUUUUAAAGACAAAAAUA